CUCGAUAAGGCAUCUCAGUCGGAAAACGAAGCUCAAACAAAAAACACGAUGGACUACGUCCGGGCUUCAACCUGCUGCCUCCUAAUCUUAAUCGCACUUAUUCAACAACCUUCCGGAGCUGCCGUUCAUGGAAGCGUGUUCAAGGACCUGACUACGCACCAGGGGCAACAGAUCAUGCGGAGUGCCAAGUCGGCGCAGAUGCUCUCCUUCAUGGACACCGACGCCAAUCCCUGUGACGAUUUCUAUGGGUAUGCCUGUGGCAACUUUGCACGCUUUAAUGGCGCCACCGCGGAGAAGGACACUAGUAUCAGCCAGGACAUGUUCGCGGGCUAUUUGCGGAGGGUGAGGCAACUAUUAAACCAACCCAGAAUGAGCACGGAUUGGCCAAUGGAGACGCUUGUGAAGUACUUCUACGAGUCGUGCCUGGACACGACGUCUCUGAGAAUCCAUCAGCGUAGCCGGAUCAUCAGUGUCUUGAGGGAAUUUGGAGGAAUGCCCGCCGUGGAGGGUGAUUCCUGGACCGGCAUCGACUUUGAUCCGCUGGAAACUAUGGCCCAGCUUCUGAGCCGAUAUGGAAAGCUAACUCUACUCGGUGUCUACGUCUCACCGGAUUAUAAAAACUCGCAGAUCAACCGAUUGUACUUGGGCCAAAGGAACGAUCUUGUGCCAAUCGACGAGUCAGCAAAGUUGGCCAAAAAGCUGGAGAUUCAGAUGAGGCUUCAAAAUCUACUUGGACUGCAGGAGGGUCGUGCCCGAAAAACGGCUGAGGAGAUCGUUGAGUUGGAAGCGGAGCUGUCGCGCAAUGCGCAGGACUGGAACCAGGACCGGGAUCCGAGGCUAAGGAAUCGCCUGACCCUACUCAGCAACAUGACUGAAACUUAUGGACGUGUUUUAAAUAUGACCCGAUUUGUGAAAACCUGGCUGGGUCACGAAUACAAUCUUCCCGUUUACGAAAGCGUGCGCAGCUAUCUCUCCCAGCUGAAAAAGAUCCUGGCUAGCACUCCCAAGAGGAUACUCGCUAACUAUAUGCUAUCGAGCCUGCUAAGGGACUAUGAAAUACAGGUGGAUGAGAGUCAUCAGGAGGCGAUCUGUGCCGAGCGACUGACAGUUCUUAUGCCCGAUGUGGUGGAUCACCUGGUUUACAACUCUCUGGAGCAACAGAGUCCGCAUAUAGCCAACGAUCUAAACAAUCUGUGGCGGGAGCUUAAGGCCACCUUCCAGGAGAUACUGAGCUCCGAUGACCUGAAAUGGCUGAAGCAACAGCCGCGCGACGAUCUGCUGGAGAAACUCAAGGAUAUGUCCUUCGAGAUAGCCGGCGGCAAGCCUAUGGACUUUGAGGAGCAGUACGGCGCCUUGGUGAUUAGUUCGGCGGAUUUCUACGGCAACGUGCAACGACUGCUGGCCCUUCAGGCGGCUAACUUGAAAGCGGAUCUGAUGCGAAGCUCCAGGAGCGAUAACUACUACGAUGGCGUCAUCGAGUCCCCUUUCUAUGUGACGGAGGCGAAUAUGGUGGUGCUGCCAGCCAUGUACAUGCAGCAUCGCUAUUUGUGGGACGAUGUCUAUCCCGCGGCACUUAAAUAUGGCACUUUGGGAUACAUUUUGGGCCACGAAUUGGCCCAUGGAUUUGACGAUCUCAACCGGCUAUACGACAGCCAUGGCAACCUCCACGACUCCUGGAGCCCCGAUACCAAACUAAUCUACGACCACGACAAAAACUGUUUGGCGGACCAGCUCGCAGAUAUGCGUUACAGUGGCUUAAAGCUGCCCAAAAUGGAGGCCCAGGGCGAGAAUAUAGCCGACAAUGUGGGCAUCCGCAUAGCCCAUGCCACGUACGCUAAGUGGCUGGAGCAGCACUCCAAGCUUAAGGACACAGAGACACUGCCCAACAUGCCGCAGACUCCACAGCAAUUGUUCUACCUCAGUGUGGCGCAGUCAAUGUGCUCUGAUAUACUCGAGGAGCGGCGCCCGGUCUUUGUCCGGAACAGCGUCCAUCCGCCAAACGAGUCACGGGUGUUCGUCAUGAUGGCCAACAGCAAGUCCUUCGCCGAGGCCUUCCAAUGCGGCAAUGAGACCAAGCUGAAUCCCCCCAGGCGGUGUGCGAUGUACUGAGAUUACCGAGAUCUUCCCCGCCGUCUACAAACUUACGUCAUACAUUUGUCUCAUAUUAUUUUAAAUAAACUUUUGGUUCCGCUUCCAAGCAGUAUUCUU